GCAUCUGGAAACGCGAAGGCAUAUUAUUAGGGACGCCACGGGUUUGCCUCCCCAACCUGGUUGGCAACAACAAAACAAACCAUUCCCACGCCACACCAGCCAGCCAGUACUAUCCGUAUUCGUGUGACUCCCUUCCAGUAGCAGCAGUAUCAGGAUUCAAGGCUAGUAGUGCAACAACCCUCAAAUCAAAACAAACACCAGCGUCAUCAGAAUUCCUUGUUUUCAAAUUCAAAUCAUCAGAAUUUUAAGUCAUUUGAAAUUUCUGUGUUCCAAUUUACUGUCUCACAUCACGACAAAAAUUUAGGUUGAGCAGUUUGCUUGAAAAAGUUUGGAGGAAAGCCAACAAACCAGAGAGCGUCUAUAUAAAAGAGCUUACAACCAAGAAGUGGCAAAUAAAGCAGAGCAGUGAAAGUGUGUGCUUAAAUUGAAAUUUGUAAGAUGAAGAUUGACGUGGAUUUUGAAAUAUUUGGCAUUUUGGCCUUUUACUCGGCCAUCCUCCUGGCUAAAAUUUUGGUGAUGCCCGUCCUCGUGGCUAAACAGAGGAUCAACAAGAAGGUUAGCGUUAGCGUUGAUGAAAGCACUUGCUCUGGCUCCACUGCAGCCACAGACUCGUCUGAAGUCUUUGCCAAUCCGGAAGACAAGGCCUUCGUUCCUGGGGGAGAAGUGAGCAUCAAGCACACUGACCAAGACGUUGAACGAUACCGAAGAGCGCACCUCAACGACUUGGAGAACAUACUUCCCUUCAUAUUUUUGGCCACUUUGUUUUGCUUCACCAACCCAGGAAUUGAAUUUGCUCGCUGUCUGUUUCAACUCUUUACGAUUGCAAGGAUUGGUCACACCAUUUUCUACUGUGCCCCACGAGCAAGAAAAGCAUGGCUAAGAUUUGCCAGUUGUGGCGUUGGGUGGGUCAUCAACGCCUACAUGGCCUUCUCCGUUUUCAUGUACAACUUUUGAGAAAAGCAUAAUCACAACGGAGGCAAUUGUUUAAAGUUUUGACAAAUCUGUUGGUGAUUUCUUGUAUGUAAAAAUUACGAAUUUUGAACACAAAUUUUUCCACUAGAAUCUUAGAUAUGAUUUCUGCCUCCGAAAUCUGUGUGAAAAUUGAGAUUAUGUAAAUAGUCAACGUAAAGUGCAAAUUAAAAGGUCACACUUAAUACUCAUAUUGACCAAACCAAAGAUAGCUUAAAAAGAAAAUGAUAAAACAGCAACUCUCUCAAAGCCAUCCAACCAAAAAGCAAUGUAUGUAUACUCAAAAUCACAAAAUCUUAGUACAUUGAGGAUAAUAAUUUUUAAACACAGGAACCAAAUCUUUCGGAAUCUCUUUCGGUCAAAUUUGAUCCCCUAAACACAGUGUAUUUUCAUGACAAAAAAUAUUUUGUCACUCGACUCACGUACUAUACAUACAUAUAUUUAGUAAUUAGUUAAUAAUGUGUAUACACCUAAGAACAAUGAAAUUGUCCAUGUUACAAUAGCACAAAAAGGCCAGUGUUGCAAUAAAUCCUGUAGUCACCCACACACAAGGUACAAAAAUUCUAAGCUUAGGAUUAGAAAUUAGAAAAGCUCAUGAAUUGAAAAACUUUUACUGCCACUUGUAGACGAUUAUUAGCUAUUGGUUUCACUUAAUGCGAUCUCAUAGAUUUUUCAAAAUUGUGUAGAAUGGUAUGGAACAAAAAUAAGGAUAAAGUAAUUAAUUGACACUGUCGUAUAUGUACGUAUUUGUUAGUUUAGCUGUGUAUGAUGUACUGAUAUGUAUGCAUUUGAUUUUAGGUAUGAUUUUAAAUUACGCAACGAAUGUGCUGCCCACCAUAAUCUAAUUAACCAAUGCUUUAAACUUCAUUUUUUAUUAUCAAGUCAAGUACUAAAUAUGCAAUUAAUCAUAUUCGUAUUAUAUCAAUGACCAGUAUUUUGAAGUUUACCAAAACAAUUAUUAAAAAUAUACUCAUACACCAACUUAUACCAAACACUUUAAAUAUUUGUUGUCCUACAAUCAAUAAUUAUUCAUUUUUGCAGCUUUAACUAAUAUAUAUUUUAUUUUAAUUAUUGGAUGUAUAGAAUACAAGUACUAACAUAAACUAAUUUGGAAGAAUUGAAGACACCAUGACAUGAGUAAAAACAGUACAAUAUGAGUGUAAAUAAAAAUUAAUAGUAGAUCCUCUUGGUUUGUUUUUGUGCAAUAAAUAUAUAUAAAAGUA